AUGAGCUCGCGCUUCAAGUCUCUAGGCUUCGGUUCCAAACGAAAGAGUAGUGCCAAUAUCCAAACCGCUUCAACCACCUCCACCUCUGUCGCUUCACCCAACGGUUCUAUCUCGAACGCCACGACUCCUCCCCCUCCUCAAAACUCUUCACAAACCAGUCUGCCGCCCAUGAAUCCCAAUCAGCCGGGCGCGCCUGGACGUCCUCCUAGCUACUCCUACAAUAGCGUGCAAGGACGCCCUCAGUCGCCAAUGCCGCCUACUCAGAACCAAAUGGCACACCACCCUGCUCCCAUCGAUACCAGGGCCGGUGCCUAUGUCGGUGGUGCUCCCCAGCUGGGUCCCCCACAGCCUCCAGGGUACGGCGGCGCAUAUGGGCAUCAGACUAUAGGGCCGCAGCCGGGUAUUCAACAUAUGGCUAACCAAUACCCGCCUGGUGCCCGUCCCGCUGAAGUUGAAGGCGCAGGGAGGAGCAAGGCCCAGUUGAUCGUCGGCAUCGAUUUUGGCACCACUUUCUCCGGUGUGGCAUUCGCCUUUGCGACAAACACAGAAGCGAAAGAGGAUAUAAUAACAGAGUGGCCAGGUGCAGGCAAUCAAACGAAACAAAAGAUUCCGACGGUACUAUACUACGAUCAAUAUCAGAAAGUCGUCGGAUGGGGUCCCGAUAUUGCGGACGCCCUAGCUCCCACCGGCUAUCCCAAACCAGGCGUGCAAAAAGUCGAAUGGUUCAAACUGCAACUCAUGCUCUCAGGCAACACUUACAUAGACCCCAUUAACCUACCCCCUCUCCCACCUGGGAAGUCCGAAAUUGAUGUGGCUGCCGACUAUCUCUUCAAACUCCGGCAAGCUAUGCGAGUCCAGCUGCAAAAGACGUUGGGUGAGGUCUUCAACAGAGAAGAGCGCAACAUCCGAUACUUUUUGACCGUCCCCGCUAUUUGGAACGAUGCCGGUAAAGCAGCUACCAGAGCGGCCGCCAUUCAAGCUGGAUUUAUUCGGGAUGAGAACGACAACCGACUGACCCUCAUCACUGAACCCGAAGCAGCGGCCAUGUUCUGUUCCAAGACUGGUCUGCUCAACCUCAAAAUCCAUGAUGCUGUCCUGAUUGUGGACUGUGGCGGUGGAACUGUCGAUUUGAUCGCGUACGAGGUCGAGGAAGAAACUCCUUUCACUGUUGCCGAAUGUACGGCUGGUAGUGGUGACUCCUGCGGCUCGACUGCUCUCAACCGAAACUUCUCCAAUAUCCUGCGCGCAAAAAUCAGGAAAAUGAAGUUACCUGACGGAUCGAAAACGGCGGGUCGAGUGUACGCCAAAUGUAUUAUGGACUUUGAGAACAGAAUAAAGGCCGAUUUCCGUAACAACGGCCAGAAAUGGGCCGUCGAUGUUGGUAUCGAGGCUGAAUUCCCCGAAGCCGGCAUCGAAGAAGGGUACAUGACGUUCACCAACGAGGAAAUUCUUCAAUGCUUCGAACCCGUCGUCAACAGAAUCCUGGAACUUGUUCGCAACCAAAUCAUUGCUAUCCAGGCGCAGAACAGAUCGUUACAGAAUGUUCUUGUGGUGGGUGGUUUCGGUGCAUCCGAGUAUCUCUUCCAACAGAUCAAGCUCCACGUCCCUCCACAAUUUCAAUCCAAAGUCGUCAGACCCAUGGACUCGGUGGCUGCAAUUGUCAAAGGCGCCGUCACGGCAGGUAUUACCGAGCGCGUCAUUACUUCCCGUGUUGCGAGACGACAUUACCUCAUGGCGACUCUCCAGCCGUUUAAAGAGGGCCAUCAUCCCGAACAAUAUCGCGUGCCCAGCCUUGACGGCAAGGAUCGGUGUAAAUAUACGAGACAGAUCUUCGUUCAGAAGGGCGAGAGAGUCAAGAUUGGUGAGCCCGUCAAAGUCUCGUUUUUCAGACAGGUCGCACCAGGGGCGACGUUGAUGUACGAGGAUAUUCUUUAUGCAUGUGAUGAGGAUGUUUGCCCCGAAUAUACCAAAGACCCACGCAUCAAGGAAGUGGUCACGCUUACUUCGGAUUUGUCAAGAAAGAAUCUCGAGAAGGACUUUGAGCGAAUGGACACUCCACAAGGCACAUUCUACAGAGUGUACUUCGAUAUUUACCUGACUUUGGACGGUUCCGAAUUUAAUGCCGAGUUGGUGUGUCAGGGUGAGGUGAUGGGAAGAUGUAGCGCAAGGUUCAGAUAA